AUGUCUGACGAGUCUGGAGAUGAUAGCGACGAGAACACCAACUUCCUUGGAACUUACGUAGGCGAGAGAAAUGAACUUGGCCAAAGACACGGAGAUGGAAAGACGGUUCUGCCCAGUAAAGACACUUAUGAGGGCCAGUACGUCCAUGGUCUGCGACAAGGUCUUGGCACCUACAAAGUCACAAAGAAGGGCAACGUGCUGGCCAGUUACGAGGGCGAGUGGAGCGAAGGAAUGCGCAGUGGAUUCGGCACCUUCAAAUACUCUGAUGGCUCCGAAUACAAAGGCUUUUGGGAAAAAGACAAACGCCACGGACAAGGAGUCAUGCUUUUUGCCAACGGCCAGGAGUACUGUGGCCUGUGGAAGUCUGGCCUUCGAGACGACACCACAGGCAUCCUGAAAUACCCUGGCGCCCUUUACAUCGGUGGUUGGAAAGAUGGAACCAUGCACGGACCAGGUGCGGUUGUGUAUGAAGCACCGGCGCCUGCUGUCUGCAUCAUUUCUUGCUGGGAAAAUGGAAAACCGAGAGGACCUGGAGUUGUUGCAAGGGAGCGUUUCUUUCUGAAGGGAAACUUCUUUUCCAACGAUGAGUGGCGCAUCUCAAGCCACCACCCCAUUUCUGAACUGGAGGGGCAUAUCCAAGGCCCCCCCUUUGAGAGCAUCUUCGAUGUCCUUCGUCCUGCUGCUCAGUUGGUCAACUCUAAAUUUAAAUUGCAGAUGGAGAGCUUUUUCUCUGGUGAUGGUUUUGUUGCCUCUCAACCAGGAAGUAGCAUGAAGAGCAUUGCCAAUGGCUUCCUGGCAGCAAAGACUUGGCUCAACAAGACUCAUCGGAGCAGUUCCAAACUCACAAAGGCGAGAGAAAUGAGCGUGCCAGGCCAAAGACACGGAGAUGGAAAGACGGUUCUGCCCAGUAAAGACACUUAUGAGGGCCAGUACGUCCAUGGUGUGCGACAAGGUCUUGGCACCUACAAAGUCACAAAGAAGGACAACGUGCUGGCCAGUUACGAGGGCGAGUGGAGCGAAGGAGUGCGCAGAGGAUUUGGCACCUUGAUAUUCUCUGAUGGCUCCAAAUACAAAAAGGCUUUUGAGAAAAAGACAAACACCACGGCCGAGGAGUCAUGCUUUUUGCCAACGGCCAACAGUACUGUGGCCUGUGGAAGUCUGGCCUUUGUGACGACACCACAAGCUUCCUGAAGCACCAUUGCGCAAUUUACACUUUACCCCGGUGGUUGGAAAUAUGGAACAGACCAGGUGCGGUUGUGUAUGAGGCACCAGUGCCUGCAGUCUGCGUCAUUUCUUGCUGGGAGAACGGAAAAGUGAGUGUAGAAGAAAAGAAAGCGCCCCUGUCAAAAUUUUGAUGUAGGCGAACAGCUUGAAACAAAUAUUUUUUCUACUAAUCUCCCCUGCUGAAAAGCUCGGGAAUCAAAAUAGUUCCGAGAACUAUAUUUUGGUUCCCGGAACUAAGGAAUAGUUCUCUCAAAGAGGAAUAUAGUUCCCGGGUCUCUCGAGAACUAUUAAAGUAACCAUUUCUGUUCCCGUAAGUCAAGAUUUAGUUCCCGCUGUUGAUAAUUAGUUCCCGCUGUUGAUAUUUAGUUCCUGCUGUUGAUAUUUAGUUCCCUCUUGGACUUAGAAUAAAAAAAUUUGAGAACUGAUGCCGCAUGUAUGAAAUAUAGAUAAAAAAGAUUUUAUAUUUAUUUUAAAAUUUUGACCAUACGUGAAUUAAAAAAAAUCUUUUGAAUACAGGCAUAUCAAUUUUGUAUGCUUUUUUUAAAUUUUAAGUACAAACCUUUAAAUAAAAUUGAUAUUAUGUUAACGAUAUUAAUUGCAUUAAAAAAAUUAAGGAUUGUAAAUUUAAAAAUCUGUUUUGAAUAUUAACACACUAAAAUAAAGACUAAUGAAAAUAGAAAAUUUCGGGCAAAAGCUCGUGUAAUUCAGGCGCCUCUCCUUUAAGGAACGUUAAUUAAAUUUAAUUGGUUUUAUUAUCUAAAAUUUCCAGCGAAGGGUUUAUUAGGUCUUAUUAUGCAAAUGCGGAAGAAUUAUAUAGUUGCAAAAUUAAUACAAUUUGAAAUAUUUGUAAUUUAAAGAUUUAUUGAGUAUUCAACAUCAGAAAAUAUAAUUAUAAAAUACCACUUAGGUUAUGGUAAUAUAUGAUAAAACGCAAUAAAACGUAAUUUUUAAUGUAUUGAAUUUAAAAUAGCAGGCCAACAUGGAAUCAAAUAGACUGAUUUUUGGACCUAAAAAAUUAUUUUGAAACAAUUAAAAAUAUGUAAAAUGGGUAAUUAAUUAAUGAUUUAUCACAAGACAGGCAUCUGUUGCACUUCAUCACAACAUAAUUUUAAAUUGGAAAAAUUUAAUCUUUGCUCAGUAAUUUAUCUGGCUAUAAAUUAAUUUCACAGACAUUUGGUGGUACACACAGAAAUUCCUCAACUUUAAUCAAAUGACAAUAGAUUCUGCUUACAUAGCUCCAAAUUAGGACACCCGAAUCUGUGUACGGCACAAUAUGUUUUAUUGCAAGGUUUUCCUCGCUGUUUCCAAAUCUAGGCAGCUGAAAAUCUAUUUUAUGCCCAAUAAAUAUGACACGAUCCCUUGAUUUUGCAAAGCAUAAUAUUUUAGCAGGAAUUUUUUGUCCAUUAUUAU